AAGCAGAUGCAUUGUGGGUUAAUUUAAAUAUGGCGGCACCCAUAUUGAAAUGGAAGCGGCUAACAAAUGCAUCAGGACCAUGCCCAAGACCUCGACAUGGACACCGUGCAGUUGCAAUCAAAGACUUAAUGGUCAUUUUUGGUGGCGGAAAUGAAGGGAUCGUUGAUGAGCUGCAUGUCUACAAUACCGCAACAAACCAGUGGUUUGUCCCAGCUGUUAGAGGAGACAUUCCACCAGGAUGUGCAGCCUAUGGCUUUGUUUGUGAUGGAACAAGAAUUUUGGUUUUUGGUGGAAUGGUGGAGUAUGGAAAAUAUUCUAAUGAACUAUAUGAAUUACAAGCCAGUCGAUGGGAAUGGAAAAGAUUAAAACCUAGACCUCCAAAGAAUGGGGUUCCACCAUGCCCAAGGCUAGGACAUAGUUUUACCUUACUAGGAAACAAAGCUUAUUUGUUUGGUGGAUUGGCAAAUGAUAGUGAAGAUCCAAAGAACAACAUCCCAAGAUAUCUAAAUGAUUUGUAUACACUUGAAAUGAAGCAGAACUCAAGUACCAUGUCCUGGGACAUCCCACCUAUAGUUGGUCAGCCUCCACCACCCAGAGAAUCUCAUUCCUGUUGUGGAUACACAGAAAAAGAUGGGCGUCGUCCUCGAUUAUUGAUUUAUGGUGGCAUGAGUGGAUGUCGCCUUGGAGAUUUGUGGCAGUUAGAAAUAGAUACAAUGACAUGGACGAAACCAGUUAUACAGGGAAUCCCACCAUUACCCAGAAGCCUUCAUUCAUCAACAGUUAUCAGCAAUCGUAUGUUUAUAUUUGGAGGAUGGGUUCCACUUGUAAUGGAUGAUGUCAAAGUUGCCACUCAUGAAAAGGAAUGGAAAUGCACAAAUACAUUAGCAUCAUUGAAUUUGGAUACAAUGACUUGGGAACCUCUUGCAAUGGAGGUAUUUGAGGAUGCACUGCCCCGCGCAAGGGCUGGACAUUGUUCUGUAUCUAUACAUACACGACUUUACAUAUGGAGUGGUAGAGAUGGCUAUAGAAAGGCUUGGAACAAUCAGGUUUGCUUCAAAGAUCUAUGGUUCCUAGAAACAGAAAAGCCUCCAGCUCCAUCGCGAGUUCAGUUAGUGAGAGCUAGCACUAACACAUUAGAAGUAUGUUGGGGUAGUGUACCCACAGCUGAUGCAUACCUGUUACAGUUACAGAAAUAUGACCUGCCACCAGCCCAGGCCCUGACCCCUACUGCUGUGCCUCAGACCAAUCCACUGGCUAAAGCAAUUGCAGCACCACAGCAAACUACAACUGUGGUCAGACCACAAACACAAGGAAUAGCACACCUACGUGCAGGGGCUUUGGGUGGUGUUUCCAUGACAACACCUCAAACCAUCAGAGUUACAGCUGUGGCAGCCAGACAGAAGACACCUAUCACUGUUAACCCAGCAACGACAGCCAUACGAGUAGCUUCUCCACAUAUUGUAAACCUGACACAAGCUCAGAAAGCUAACAUUGUCACAUCAUCUAGUGGAAUGACGGGCAUUGCAGCUCUUGCUGCUGCUGCUGCAGCCACACAGAAAAUACCUGGCACAACAGUAUCUACAGGUACUCCACAAGUUCCAGGGAUUAAAGUGGUAACACCUACUAUUGUUACACCUUCAGGGAUGAAAGUUACACCUGUACAGAGUAGAAUAGGAACACCUACUCAGACAGUGAGAGUUGCUACGCCAGGAACCACCAUAUUGAAAUCUACACCAGGAUCAAUACAACAAACUAUAGGAGGAAAACAAAUCAUCACAGUACACAAAGCAGGUGGAGGGUCAUCAGGGACAGGUCAUCCUCAGAUUGUAACACUUGUUAAAACAAAUCAAGGCAUGCAAGUAGCUACGACCAAAGGACCUCUGCCACAAGGAGCCACUAUUGUCAAGUUGGUAACCACACAAGCAAGUGGCACUCAUGGUAAACAAACAGCUAUUAUUACCACCAGUCAGCCUGGGCAGACACCUUCUACUAUUUUAGGAAUUAACAGUGUACAACCACAGCAAGUAUCAUCCAACACUAGAACAAUAAUAAAGACCAUUCCUUCAUCAAUGUUGUCAAUGGCCAAGGCUGGGACAGGUACUGUAACAACACAAGCUGGAUCUAAAACAAUCGUGAUUGCAGCACCAAAGGGCAGUACUUCAGGUCUGUCUGGAAACCAGCAUAAAAUAAUCACAUCAAUGCCAAAGUUGGGUGGCACUGGAAAUACUCAGUUCAUUGUUGUUAGUCCACAAUCAUCUCAGGGAAUAUCCACGUCAGUUACUGGAAAACCAUUAUCAGUGACUACGCUUCCAGCAGGAACACAGCAACACAUUAUAUCGGGAUCACCAUUAGCUAAACCAGCCAUCAAUAUAAUUUCAACACAAGGAACGCAGCAAUCUGGUGGAACAAUAAUCAAGACCAUAGCUGCCACACCAUCUCAGUCUGCAGCCACAUCAUUAUUAUAUACUACACAGGCAACGCCAGCUCCAUCAACACCUACUAUUUCCCUCAUAACACAGCCAUCAAUUUCUCAGUCUCCAGUCACAAUGACAACUCAGCCAGUUUCUGUGGCAGCUCAAGGCAUCUCAUCAACACCAAAACCAGUUCAGAUAACUAUAACUCCAGCUAGUGCUAAAACAACGACAACAGCUCCAGUUGUCUUAACUCAGGCAGCAGCCACAACAACACAGCAAGCCCCAUGUACUGAUGGUCAUAACUGUCCAGGAGAUGAAACUCAGCCACAAGCUGUUUGCACAGAUGGCCAUAAUUGUCCUGGGGAUGAACCACCGAAAGCAGUCUGUACAGAUGGCCAUAAUUGUCCUGGGGAUGAACCACCCAAGGAAGUAUGCACUGAUGGCCAUAAUUGUCCUGGGGAUGAACCACCCAAGGAAGUAUGCACUGAUGGCCAUAAUUGUCCUGGGGAUGAACCACCCAAGGAAGUAUGCACUGAUGGCCAUAAUUGUCCUGGGGAUGAACCACCCAAGGGAGUAUGCACUGAUGGCCAUAAUUGCCCUGGGGAUGAACCACCCAAAGAAGUAUGUACUGAUGGCCAUAAUUGUCCAGGAGAUGAACCACCCAAGGGAGUAUGCACUGAUGGCCAUAAUUGUCCAGGGGAUGAACCACCAAAAGAAGUAUGUACUGAUGGCCAUAAUUGUCCCGGAGAUGGAGGAGAUGAAGUAGAUGGAACACCACCUGGUGAAUGUAAAGAUGGUCAUAAUUGUCCAGGGGAUGAAAAUAAUCCAACACAAAGUGGAGUUUGUACAGAUGGCCAUAAUUGCCCAGGAGAUGAAAAUAAUCCGACACAAAGCGGAGUUUGUACCGACGGCCAUAAUUGUCCCGGGGAAGAAAAUAAUCCGACACAAAGUGGAGUUUGUACUGAUGGCCAUAAUUGUCCAGGGGAUGAAAAUAGUCAGACACAAAGUGGAGUUUGUACAGAUGGUCAUAAUUGCCCGGGAGAUGAAAAUAGUAGUCAGACACAAAGUGGAGUUUGUACAGAUGGCCAUAAUUGCCCGGGAGAUGAAAAUAGUCAGACACAAAGUGGAGUUUGUACAGAUGGCCAUAAUUGCCCAGGAGAUGAAAAUCAAGGGCAAACAACAGAUUCUACGCAACAAGGAUUAAUAGAAACACCUGCCUCAAUGGCUGCUGAUAGUGCUAUAACAAACUCUGAUCUUUUAAGUAAUGUGCCAAUGAUUGAUCCAGUUACAGCCGCAAUUCCAUCACAGCUGACAUCACAUGACCCAGAACCUGAACCAAUGGAUAUAUCUGGAUCACAUGUUAGUGCAUUACAACAACUGCAGGAACCUCUUGCUGACAUUAAUCCCACUUUACCAGCAGACAUAUUACAGCCUUCAGAAGGUCAAAUAUCAAUGCCUACACAAGAGGAAGCUUUAGCUGUGACACAAGCUCUAGCUCUUGUACAGGAUCAGGCUCUAGCUGCAGCUCAGGGACAUGCCUUAGAACUGCCCGAUCAGUUAUUAGCUCAGCCAGAACAAAAGAUGGAAGAACCAAAAGAUGAAGCUAUGGACACAUCUACUGGUUUACCUGCAAGUCUUCCUGAUACCAGUGCUCAACAGUUGACUAGUGCUGCAUCAGUAGAUAGUACAGCCAUGUCAUUAGGACUGGUACCACCUACACAAGGAAUCCUCCCUCAGAUCUCAAGCUCAAUGGACUCAGAUCCUUUGUCUACCUUGGCAUCAGCAGCAAUCUCAUCAAAUUCAGCAAUAUCUUCUACUAAUGGUAUAAAACAGGAACCUGAUGCAUCUAAUGGAAUUAAAAUAGAGCCAGGAACAGAAGUCAAACAGGAAACUAGUACCACUCCAAUAAAAAUGCCAACAACUCCAAUAAAGAAGGAAGCUAACCAGUGGUAUGAUGUAGGAAUCAUUAAAGGAUCAUCGUGUCUGGUCUCACAUUUCUAUCUGUCAUCAGAUGGACUACAGGGCAAUGGGGAUGACGUUGAUGUUGUUAGCAUACCUGAUCACAGUGUUCUAAAGAAACAAGAGUUACUACCAGGAACAGCAUAUAAAUUCCGAGUGGCAGGUAUAAAUGCUUGUGGACGAGGACCAUUCAGUGAGAUAUCUGCAUUUAAGACCUGUCUGCCUGGCUAUCCUGGUGCUCCAUCAGCAAUCAAGAUUAGUAAGAGUCCAGAGGGUGCCCACUUAUCAUGGGAACCUCCACAAAACACAGCAGGAAAAAUCACAGAAUACUCUGUUUACUUGGCUGUACGUAAUGCUGCAUCACAGACUGAUCAAAAACCAGGAGCACCAGCUCAGCUGGCAUUUGUCAGGGUCUACUGUGGACCUGCACCAACAUGUACAGUGACAACAGCAAGUCUGGCCUCAGCUCACAUUGACUAUACAACAAAACCAGCCAUUAUCUUCCGUAUUGCUGCUAGAAAUGAAAAAGGAUAUGGACCUGCUACACAAGUCAGGUGGCUUCAAGAUGCCCAAAGUCCUGCCACACAAAAGGUUGCAGUGAAGAGAACAAUAACAACUACUGCUGUUACUACAGCUGAUGUACGGCAGCAGUUAGCAGGAAUAGGACAAGUUAAAAAGAUCAAAACAGAGGAAAAUCAGUUAUAAAUUGAUCUUUUAUUGUUAUUAGUUAGUUAUAUUUUGUUAAAUGAAUGUAACUGUUAAGUUUGUAAUAUCAAAAAAUUGUGUUAAACUUUACCUAGAUAUCAACUGGUAUGGUUGUAAAUUAAAUAGAAAAAAACCUAUUACAUUAGAUAUGACCAAAGUUAAAUGUUAUGUUGAUAUAUGAUUAAUCAUAUUCACAAUUCCUGCUGACACUUAUUCAUAUGCUAAUAUGUUUUGUUUAACUUGAAUUGAAGAUGAUUAAACUAGAUUAUUCAAAGGUUUUGUCAGAAUGUGAAGGGUUAUAUUUCACAGUUGACCGAAACUAAUAAUUGUCCAUCAUUAAACUUGGUCAAAUUUUUUUUUUUUUUUGUCAUUACACUUAUUCUGUUUUGUUGUAAGUGUUUUGAAAAGCUGGAGAUUGCAUAAAUUGCAAGUAUAUGUAUGCUUCCCAAGCUAUUUCUUGGAUAAUUUACAGUCUUCAGUACUAGUGCUAUACUUCUUAAUUGUUAUUAAUGUUGGACACAUUUUAAUGCUGAAAUAUUUUUAAGUUCCUUUUACUAAUGUAGUCUUUGUUUUAAUGUAAUUCAUUGAAAAAAUCAUUCAAAGCAGAAGAUCUCUUCAUAAAUUUUAUCAUUCAUUCUUCAUGUUACAUUAUAGUGCCUGUUAAACAAUCAUAAAAUAUCAAUGGCAAAGGAGGGAAUUGUUCUAAUUUUUCAUUAUUUUCAAAUUAACAUUAGAUAUUUAUAUUCUUAUUUACUUAAUUGUAUUAAAGAUAUUCUGUGCAGCUUUUAAAGAGUUUUGACCUAUGAGUUUGAAAUCAUAAUUGCAGAAUAUAUGUAUGAUUUUACAGAUGGCCAAGAUUGAUUGUUAUUUAUUUAGAUGGUGACAUAAUGCAUUUAAGACAUGAGAACAAGUUACAUCUGUACUAUGUUGCAAAUACAGUGAUAGGGUUAGCCAAAUCAUAUCUUAAAGAGCAGAAAACAAAAUAGUUCAGUGUAAAAAGUAUAUUUUUGACAUGCCUGGUUACAUCAUGACUUUUAACAUUUACCAGGGAUGUUUUCGUAUUAAUUUAUUAGUCUGCAUAUAUGUACCUCUUUUUGAACCGCCUCAGGUUCAUACUAAAUGUCAAGUAAUAUAAAAUGAUAAAAAUUCUUCAUUUCCUUUUUAGCUCACCUGGCCCAAAGGGCCAAGUGAGCUUUUCUCAUCACUUGGCGUCCGUCGUCCGUCGUCCGUAAACUUUUACAAAAAUCUUCUCCUCUGAAACUACUGGACCAAAUUUAACCAAACUUGGCCAAUAUCAUCAUUAGGGUAUCUAGUUUAAAAAAUGUGUCUGGUGACCCAGCCAACUAACCAAGAUGGCCGCCAUGGCUAAAAAUAGAACAUAGGGAUAAAAUGUAGAUUUUGGCUUUUAUCUCUGAAACCAAAGCAUUGAGAGCAAAUCUGACAAAGGUUAAAAAUGUUUAUUAGCUCAAGAUCUAUCUGCCCUGAAAUUGUCAGAUGAAUCGGACAACCCGUUGUUAGGUUGCUGCCCCUGAAUUAGUAAUUUUAAGGAAAUUUUGCCGUAUUUGGUUAUUAUCUUGAAUAUUAUUAUAGAUAGAGAUAAACUGUAAACAGCAAUAAUGUUCAGCAAAGUAAGUUCUACAAAUAAGUCAACAUGACCAAAAUGGUCAGUUGACCCCUUAAGGAGUUAUUGCUCUUUUAUAGUCAAUUUUUAACAAUUUUUUGUAAAUUUUUGUUAUCUUUUACAAAAAUCUUCUCCUCUGAAACUACUAAGAUGAAUUUAACUAAAGUUGUAAACAAUCAUCAUUAGGGUAUGUAGUUUAAAAAUUGUGUUUGAUGACCCCGCCCUCAAACCAAGAUGGCCGACAUGGCUAAUAAUAGUACAUAAGGUAAAAUGCAGUUUUUGGCUCAUAUAUCUAAACCCAAAGCAUUUCUAGCAAAUCUUUCAAACACAAAAUUGUUCAUUAGGUCAAGAUCUAUCUGCCCUUAAAUUUUCAGACCAUUCAGGCAACCCGUUGUUGGGUUGCUGCCCCUGAAUUGGUAAUUUUUAGAAAUUUUUUCAGCUUUUGGUUAUUAUCUUGAAUAUUAUUAUAGAUAGAGAUAAACUGUAAAGAGCAAUAAUGUACAGCAAAGUAAGACCUACAAAUAAGUCACAUGACCAAAAUGGUCAAUUGACCCCUUAAGGAGUCAUUGCCCUUUAUAAUAAAUUUUUAACAAUUUUCAUAAAUUUUGUAAAUUUUUACAAAAUAAUUUCCACUGAAACUACAGGACCAAGUUCAUUAUAGAUAAGAGAUAAUUGUAAGCAUCAAGAAUGUUCAGUAAAGUAAGAUCUACAAACACAUCACCAUCACCAAAACACAAUUUUGUCAUGAAUCCACCUGUGUCCUUUGUUUAAUAUGCACAUAGACCAAGGUGAGCGACACAGGCUCUUUAGAGCCUCUAGUUAUCUUUAAGAAAAGGAUAAUUUGAAAGAGAUAUUUUUGAUAAAAACAAUGCAGUUUCAAUAGGAUACAUUUUUUAUUUCUAUUCUUACUAUUAAUGACUAUAUAUGCAUUCAUGGACUUAACAUGGAUGUAAACUGUCACUACAUGAUAGAAACUUGUUCAGUUAGUACAGACCUUGCAUUAAUCUCACAUUAGACUUUACUGUCAAUUGUACAGAAUAUUAGUGGCUUAUAGUAAUUAGAUGUAUCUUAGAAAUAAAAAAGAAUUUUUAUUAACCAUAAAACUUUAAUUUAACCAAAGUUAAUGGGUCUGACAAGUGUAAAUUUCUGUAAAUAUUGACAUGAUAGACAAGUAUUGUAGUUAACUUUCAUCCAUUAUAUAUAAUUCUGUAUUACAACAUUAUUGCAUGUUUUCUUGUGGUUCCUAAUACCAAUCAUUGUUUGAAAUAUGAAUUCAGAAUAAAAUAAUCAAUUUUCAUUUCCUAAGAACAUCUCAUAAAUUAUUUACAAAACAUUUGAUUCAACUGGUUAUACUAACAGCUAUCUAUAAAGCAAGAAAUAAGAUAAAUGGAAAAACAAAAUUAGUUGGUGACAGAUAAUUGAAUUAUUGUUUCUCACAUCCAAAAAUGAAAAUGAAAGUUAGAAAUAAGUUAUCACGAAGGUACUAUUAAUUUAGAGUGAGAACCAAUAAUUGAUGAUUAUAAUUUUUAAUAUUUGAUAAUAUUGUCUGAGCACAACCAGGGUAAGGGUGCAGUUUUGAUGUAAGAUGGUAAGGGCAUUAUUUAGAUGAAAGAAAUGAGAUGUAAUUGUAAUUAAGAUACUAAUGGAGGAUUUUUAUAUGAACCCAUAAAAUGAAAUAAUAUGUCAACAUCUUUACUUGUAUAUUUUGUUUACACCAUUGUUUGUAUAUGUAAAAAAGUCAUCUGUACAUUACCAUGAAUGUAUUGCUUUUAAAUAUAGCAUACAAAAUAUUUUA